AUGGAGUCGGCCAAACUGGACUCGGCCAGAGAGAAAGCCUACAAAAUAGUGGCCUGGUCGGCGGUUUGCUUUUCGUUAGUUGCCGUGCUUGCUGUAUGUGUCACCAUGCCCAUUGUGUACAACUUUGUGCUUCAUGUACAACAACAAACAAAGCACGAACUGGAGAUUUGCAAAGUAAGCCUAAGGGUAUCAAAAAUCAAAUUUUAAAAAAUUUUAAAAUUUGAUAAAAUUGUAGUUUUUUUCAAACUUUAAAGCUCUGUUUAGUUCACAAAGUUUAAAACCACUUUAAAAACAAGUAAUUUUUAAAAUUUUUUUGAAAAAAGCUAAAAAUCUAUAUUGUUAUAGACCUCAGCGCGUGAUAUAAUGUCAGAAGUGAGCCGGAAAAGGCCACGCCAUCAAGAAUCCUUUGGUGCUAUUCUUGCCGCUGCCUCACAGAACCGUACCAAACGUUACGCCGAAGAAAAGGGCUAUGGUGGCUCUAGCACGUGCGAUUGUAAGUUAUUACAUUAUCUAUACUUACAGCUAAAAUCUUAUGAUUGCAAAAAACCACGGGUUUCAAAUUUUAUUUUAAAAAAAGAUUUAAAAAUGAUUAUUCACAUUAUUAAAAAUUUUAGCCUGCUGCAUUCCCGGCCAUCCCGGCAGACCAGGACCACCAGGUCAACCUGGUCGCCCCGGUACUCCAGGUGCACCAGGUCGUCCCGGUGCUCCCGGACGUCCACCAAUCAUCUGUGAAGAACUCGACAUUCCACCAUGCAAUCCAUGUCCGCCAGGACCACCUGGCCCACCAGGACCAACCGGACAGCCUGGCACUCCAGGCCGACCUGGACCCCCUGGUCGUCCUGGCACUUCGGGACAACCAGGUGCACCCGGACCAAACGGACCACCUGGCUUGCCCGGAACAGCAGGACCAGACGGAGACAAAGGAGAACCGGGAAGACCAGCCGUCUCGACUCCACCAAUACCAGGAGAGCCAGGAGCUCCAGGUGACGCGGGACCAGAAGGACCACCCGGACCAGACGGUCCACCCGGAAGAGACGGUGCUCCAGGACAAGGUGGACCAGAAGGACCACCCGGUGCUAUCGGUCCACAGGGACCUCCAGGUCAACCAGGACAGCCUGGAUCUCCUGGUGCACCUGGUCCCCAAGGAGAACGUGGUAUCUGUCCUAAGUACUGUGCUCUGGAUGGCGGCGUUUUCUUUGAAGACGGAACGCGGCGUUAG